GCGUAGUAAGCGUCUUCGCAAAGAUGCGCCUUUACCUACAAUUGCCGGUUCGCAUAUGAGUCUUCUUCGGCCCGCCCCGCCCCGGGCACGGAAGAGUGACAGCCGAAAGACGGGUGAUGUAAGCUGAUAUCACGUUGCCGGUCGUGUUUAUAAUGUGCUAACUGUACCUAGAAAUGUGAGAACUGUGGCAAAUCAGAAGACAGCUCCUCGAUCCUGGUAUGCGAUAGUUGCGAGCAAGGAUACCACAAGUACUGUCUUGAUCCCCCUCUGACUACCAUUCCCGAAUACGAUUGGCACUGCCCAAAAUGCCUGGUAGGCACAGGGGAGUUUGGCUUCGAGGAAGGAGGAGUCUACUCGCUUAGACAGUUCCAAGAAAAGGCAAAUAACUUCAAAAAGAGUUAUUUCGCCUCAAAGAUGCCAUUUGAUCCUGUCCUGAACGGCCAUAGACGGGAGUCUGAGGACGACGUGGAACGCGAGUUCUGGAGAUUGGUGGAGAGCCUGACAGAGACCGUUGAAGUAGAGUAUGGUGCUGACAUCCAUUCGACUACUCACGGUAGUGGAUUUCCUACUAUUGAACGGAAUCCUCUCGAUCCUUAUUCAGUUGACCCGUGGAACCUGAAUGUUCUUCCUUUCCACGGUGACUCAUUAUUCCGCCAUAUCAAGUCGGACAUCUCUGGCAUGACAGUCCCCUGGGUUUAUGUCGGAAUGUGUUUCUCAACAUUCUGCUGGCAUAAUGAAGACCAUUAUGCGUACUCGGCCAACUAUCAACACUUCGGUGCCACAAAAACUUGGUAUGGCAUUCCUGGCGCUGAUGCAGAAGCGUUCGAGGAAGCCAUGCGGCAGGCAGUCCCUGAACUUUUCGAGGGUCAGCCUGAUCUUCUCUUCCAACUAGUUACCUUGAUGCCGCCAGAUCAGCUCAGAAAGGCUGGUGUCAACGUGUACGCGCUUGAUCAACGAGCUGGGCAGUUCGUCGUCACCUUCCCCCAAGCUUAUCACGCAGGAUUCAAUCAUGGCUUUAACUUUAAUGAGGCUGUCAACUUUGCACCUGCUGACUGGGAACCUUGGGGUGCAAUGGGUGUGGAACGUCUGCAGGAUUUCCGGCGACAUCCUUGUUUUUCGCAUGACGAAUUACUUUUAACGGCAGCAGCUCGUGAUACAUCCAUUACAACUGCCAAAUGGUUGUCUCCGGCCCUUCAGCGGACCUGCACACGGGAGCUUUCUGAGCGAGCUGCAUUUUUCUCCCGACAUCGAGAGGUUACUCCGCAUCAUUGCACGCUUGGUUCCGAAGAUGCCAUGGACAUUGGUGGUUGCCAGCUGAAGUUCGUAGUCGAAGAUGAGGACCUACCUGAAGAAGAUUACCAGUGCCAGUGGUGCAAAGCAUAUACUUAUCUGACACAAUUUCGCUGCUAUAAAACUGGGAAAACUGUUUGUCUGUCGCAUGUCGACACGAGUGUUUGUUGCGGAGAGCCACUAAAACAAAGGCUACUUGGGCCAGAUCACACAUUACGUUACCGAUUUAGUGAUGCGGCUCUGAAGGCCUUGGUGCAAAAAGUUCAGGACCGUGCCAGGAUCCCGGAAGCAUGGGGUGAGAAGCUCGACAAGACAUUGGAAGAUGAGCCUAGGCCACAGUUGAAGGUCCUUCAUAAUCUAUUGAGUGAAGGUGAGAAAAUCCCAUACCAUUUGCCUGGUCUCCAAGAUCUUGCGGCCUUCGUCCAGCGCUGCGAUAAGUGGGUUGAAGAAGCAACCAACUAUAUUACCCGGAAGCAGCAAAACCGGAGAAAAAAUGAGAAAGCUUGGCGCAGAAGUAGUUCUAAGGCCGCGCAGCUGGAAGAACGUGAUCGUGAAGUUCGCAGAGUAGAAAAUAUCUACGCCCUUCUUGCAGAGGCUGAUAAACUGUCGUUCGACUGUCCACAGAUGGCUUCUCUGGAAGAGAAGACCCGCGAGAUCGAGAAAUUCCGCCAGGACGUUAACGUUGCCCUUAUGAACCCCCACAUUCGAUCGGUCCAGGAAGUUGAAGAUUUGGUGGAGUCCGCACGUAAUUUUAAUGUGGAUAUUCCCGAGGUUGAAGGGCUGGAGCAUGUUCUCCGUCAAAUGAAAUGGAACGAGGAAGCGCGUCGAAAGCGCGAUCAGUACCUGACACUCAAGGGCUGUCAAGAACUAAUUCUGGCUGGUGAGCAGCUGGGUUUGUCGGAUACCAACGAUCAUCUGCUCUAUUUUAAGGAUCUGUGCCGCCAUGGUGAGGCCUGGGAAGCUAAAGCCAAGGAAUUGAUGUCUGUAGAAGCUGUUCAUUACCAGCAGCUGGAAGCCUUGUCUGCCCAGGCUUCUCGUUUCCCUGUCUCCCCCGAGACGCUUUCUGCGGUAGAUGCCAUAUUGACAAAACAGCGUGAAGCGCAGAAGAAAAUCCAGUCUCUAUAUGAGAGAAGCAAGGAUCUGGAUUUCAGGAACCGGCCCAAGUACAAGGAAGUCCGCGAACUCAUGGAGUCCCUUGAGGAGCUGAAUAGCCGGCCAACUGGAGCCAUUGACCUGGAACGUGAGCAGAAGCGCCAUGAGGAUUGGAUGAGAAAAGGCAAGAAAUUAUUCGGAAAGGCAAAUGCCCCGCUACAUAUCUUGAAGUCGCAUAUGGAAUAUGUUGAAAAGAGGAACUCGUAUUGUUUUGAUUUGGAAGAUCGCUGUCGACCCCCCGUCGAACCUUCUUCGCGAGAUAACACCCCCGAUGGUUUGUUAGACAAUAGUAAUAUCACUCCUAGCAUGUGGGGCGGUGGGAAAUCACGGAAGCGAGACGUCUUCUGUAUUUGCAGACACUCUGAAGCUGGAAUGAUGAUUGAGUGUGAAGUCUGCCACGAGUGGUAUCACGGCAAGUGCCUAAAGAUUGCAAGGGGCAAAGUCAAGGAGUUUGAUAAGUAUACCUGUCCUAUCUGCGAUUGGCGCCAAAAAAUACCCCGGGAUGCGGCUCGUCCAAAGCUAGAAGAUCUUCUAGACUGGCAGGCCGAGAUCGCAGGCUUGCCUUUCCAACCUGAUGAGGAACAAACCUUGGACAACAUCAUCAAUCAAGCAGUUGGGUUUCGAGAUUUUCUCCAUGGCUUCACCAACGCCGCAUGCACCACUACCGAGGAGGUUCCCACAUUGAUAUUCUAUCUCCGAAAGAUAGAAGGUGCGGAGGUCUUGUUGGCAUACGAAACCAAUUUCUUCCGACAAGAGAUCCAUAAAUGGGCUCCGGUAGCACCAGAACCGCCUCCGAUCUUGGAACAGUCUCUUUCGACUCGUAAGCCACGUCCAACCAAACAGCAGAAGAUUAUGGCACAGCUCGGCGUUGACCGCCCCGAAGAUCUUCCUCCUCAUUUGCGUACAAAGCAACCCAGCCGAAAAUCUAUUGAUUUACAGUCGGGCAAGUCUUCCCUGCUUCCUGAAUCACAGACGCCAGGCGAUGGUUCAAAUUCCGAUUCAAACCGUGGUGAACCUACAUUAACCCCAAUGACUGAUGCCCAAAACCCGCCUUAUCCUUUCUCUGCCAAUUAUUCGCUUCCUGCAAGCGACUCUACACCGGCCUUUGCUCCCAGCUCUUCUGCUUUCCUGCCACAUGCUGCCGCUCACUCCCCUUCAUUCCCUGCGCGCUCCCCAUCUCCAGAUCAUCAAGGACUUGAUGCAUCUCUCUUUAGCUCUCCACGGUUCAAUAGGGACCCUGAUGACGGGCCACCAGGGGUCGAUGUCGAUACUGAAAAUCCCUUUGACAGCAGUCCUCGGCAGAACCUCGACGACGUCUUCGCAGAUUUGACAAAUCAAGAUGCAGAGCCUGAGCCGGACCCAGAGCAAGAACCAGAGCUCAUGGAGAACACACAUGCUAAUGAGGCUCUGGAAGUACUUGAUGCGAGCAAUGGGGAUCGUUCUGAAACUCCGCAGGACGAAGAGCCACGGAACGAUAAGUCUAGUGCGGAAGUCAAUGGCUUAGCUGAGGCCGACCGCAGUACAGAGGACCUAUAACACUGUUUUCGAGAAUAAUCCCUUAUGGGUUCUUCCAGUUUUUUGCCUUGAGCAUUCAUGACAACGAUGCGACUAUAACGAUAUCUACUAAAACGAGUUUGAUCCAUGGUUUUCCGCAUGAUCCUACAUUCCAGGGCGUUGCCUUUACAGGUCUCCAGGGAGGCUUACUUUUGUGUUCUUGAUGUAAAGAUAUUAUGGUAUUGAUGUUCCCGAGACGCACUCGAUUAGUACGUGCUUUCCUUGUCAGCUGGUUUUGACAAUCAUUUUAUUUGUUGCGACUCAGCGGUCUGUUCCUUCUUCCUCUCUUUCUCGCUCUUUCUUCGCCAUGGCUUUUACGUCUGCUUACAUGGACCGGGUGUAUCAAAAAAGUGUGGGGUGUCUGGGGAGCUGGCAAUUUCUCAACGCGCACGUGGUCUUUUUCUUCUCCUUUUGUUUUGUUUCCUAUCUCAUUUUAUUUUAUUUUUUCCCUCCUUUGCUUCGAUUGAUUUUUGCAUCGUUUUAUAUCUACAUGGGUGAAGCUACAGUGAUAGCCUAUGACCUGUUAUCUGAUUCCAUCACUCAGACCUUUAUAGGGUCAAACAACCCCGUCUCUGUGCGCUGGUAUCGUCGAGUGGUAUGCUCAUGUCUACUUGAUUCCUCGUGUCUUUGUUUUGCCCUGUGCCCCGUGUAAUACUAGUCAGACUACCGUUAUUCUGUACCUUUAAUGAAUAGACAUUAGUUCGCUUAAA